AUGGCUGAGGACGUGACUGUCUCCGAGGAGACUCUAACUAGUAGUGUGUCUCAGCUGGUCAGCUCGACCAAAGUCCUUCUGCAGAAAGCCAAGCAGGAAGCUGAAGACUCCCUGGAGAGUUUUGUCCCACUUAAGAUCACCGCUUUACUCGGCCUGAUCUCAGCCGGAACACAACUCUACAAAAGCCUCGGAGUGAAGAAGAGGAGCGAAGCUGAGGCAGUCUGGCAGAAGUCAUAUCACCGUGCAGCAGUGAGGGAGCAGGUGGAGGAACUUCUGGAGCUGGAGAGCGAGUGGGACUCCUUCCUGGAGGGAGUGGACGAAGGUCUGCAGACGACCGACGGACGGCCGUCGGGAGGAAAGAUGGCCGACAGCCUGAGUGGUGACAUCCGGUUCACUGAUGGACGGAGUGGAAAGAGUGUGACUCUGGGUCAGUACCUGGAUCAGGGUCAGAAGCUGCUGCUUGUUCUCAUCAGACAUUAUGGAUGACUGCCGUGACGAGACCACGUGGCUGAGCUGGAGGCCGCUCAGGCUGUCCUGAAGGCUCACUCAGUGCAGGUCUUGGUGGUUUCUUUCGGUGGUCUGGAGGGAGCUCAGGUGUGGCUGGAGCAAACUGGAUGUAGCUUUAACAUGGUGCUGGACCCACAGAGAAAGACAUACCGGAGGUUCGGCCUCGGUUCGUCUUACGCUAAGGUGCUGAAGUUCGACUGUCUGCUGCAGUACUCCGAGUAUGGAGCUGUGGACAGAGACUUCCCCGACGUCCCCCCUCACCUUUUAGAAGAUAUCUACCAGAUGGGAGGUGACUUCCUGCUGGAUGGAGCAGGGAAGGUCCUUCUGUGUCACCCGUGUAAAAACCCUCUGGACAGGCCGGCGGUCAAAGACAUCCUGCAGGCCGCCGACCUGACAAAGCCGUGAAGGACGAGCCCGACGAAGACGAGGGCUUGAAGCUGUCGACACAUCGCUGACACCGCGGAGGAAGAGCAGCUCUUUGAGUCACGUUAAUGACGUCACGCCUCGCACUCACGACACCGUGAAGAGGUGUGACCGACGCAGAACUGUGCAGCAAAGACAGCUGAGCUUCACGGUCGUGUCAGUGGUUUUAAAUGAAUCACUGGAUCAUGAAGAAAUUCUGCAUAUACUUAAAUAUAAAUGUUAUUUAAAGGAUAACUUUGGUUUUUUACAACCUGGACCUUAUUUGUAGCAUUAAAUACGACCAU